UUAUUUUUUUAAUGAAAAUUUCCUGAAAGUAUUACAGGAGCCUUAUUUUCAUACGAUCACACGAGCAUGUUAAUUAUACUGUAUGUAUAUAUCUAAAUGGAAAAAGACGCCUGUUACAAAUCACUCAUGGUUAGUAAUUAAUGCAACAUGAAACGUGCCACUUGACGAUUAAGUGUAAAGGACACGGUGUACAUUCAUUUCCGUACAUGCUGCUGCACUGAACGAAAAUAGCAAAUAGAACAAACAUGUUGUUGUCCCACUUUCCGGAUGUCAAUGGCAACCAUAGGGCUUCCACACGGUGGGUCUCUAGAUGCCUAAUUAACUUUCGAUGCCGCGGCUUUGGGCGCAAGCUAAAUAUCACAUGCUUUUUUUUGGUUUUGUUUUCCUUUUUUGCAUCCACUUAUUCUUGUUUCUUGCGCAUUUUGAAGUUAGCGUUCAGCUCAAAGUAACUGUUGAUUGCGGUCUGGAAAUGUAAUGUGUUCCCAUAGAUACAUCCCAAUAGAUGAGAGCUCUCAUGAGAGGCAGCCCUCAAGUAGAGGUCGAUGCGGCUCCUUGGCGCAGCACCCUGCAAAACGCGGCUUUGCGCACGACAACACCACAUUCUAUUCUUCUAUAUGAAAAGACACUCCGCGCUUCGUGGUACAACUUUAUAAUAUUGUGGCAGCUGGAGAUUAUAAACUGCGCCAUUUUUAAAUCUGUCUAAACACAUGGUUUAACCGUAUAGUUUCCUCGUCUUAAGAAACCUCCUAUUUUGAAAAAAGAUUGCGGCGGAAAAUACUUUUACGCACAAUAAUGGGCUCGGAAAAACCGAGCUUUCUGUCCCAACCGGUGGUGAAGAAUAUCUUCAUGUUCCGCAAUGGUGACCCAUAUUUCGAAGCCCGUAGAGUCGUGAUCAACCAGAGGAAAGUUUGCAACUUCGAGACUUUUCUGAGGGAGGUUACGGGUGGCAUCCAGGCACCCUUUGGAGCCGUGAGGAACGUCUACACUCCGCGUGGAGGACACAAAGUGGACUGUCUGGACAACCUGCGGAGUGGGGAGCAGUAUGUCGCCGCUGGAAGAGAAAGAUUUAAAAAGUUAGAUUAUUUGCAGAUUGGCUUGAGAAAGAGAAGGAUGUUACAGUCGCUUCCACUGCAGGCCAAACCACUUCCACCAAAUCGACUUUCUGUGUCUGCUAGGUUCUUGGAACCAAUUAAGGAGCCAUGUCCAAUAUUUGUGGUGGCAAAUGGUGACACGAUGGAUCCUGCAAUAAGGCUCCUCAUUCACCAGAGGAUGCUGAACCAGUUUGAGAGAAUACUUGAGAUGAUCACAGAGAAGAUGGGUUUGAGAGUCCUUGGCGGUGUGAGAAGUCUUUACACUCAUGAAGGCCAGCAGGUGACUGAUGGCACUCAGUUUGAGAGCGGUCAGCUCUAUGUGGCCGUGGGCAGAGAGAGAUUUAAGAAGCUCUCCUACACUGACCUGCUGUUCAGCAAACCUCGAGGGGGGCGGAGGGUCAAUGGCAUGAAAACAGGAACUCUGCCGCCAAUCUACAGAUCCCCAAAGCAAAAUCGAAACAGAAAAUCAGUGGUCCGGAGCACUGACAGUGGAGAUGGCGAGUCAAAGGCCUCACCUCUAAGCAUAAAUGGCAGUCACAGAGAUCACCUGUCCUCCAUCGUCAGAGAAAUCUCUCAGGCCAGACUUCUCUCUCUUAGGUUGAAGAGGAGUGGACAGAGCAUAAUCCUCUGUGACAAUGAUGACUUGGAUUCAAAAACUGACGAUGGAAAUGCUGCUGUUAAAUCCUCAGAUCAGUCAACUGAAGAGGACCUUGCAUCAGAUGACGUCAAAUCACCAGAGGGGAUCAGUAAAAAGGCCGAAGAGAAGCAAGAGGCCUCUGCUAAAAAUACCUCUGAAGAGGACACUCCAGUUAUCCCAGACGAAAAGGCAGAUAAGGAGAAAAAUAGUCUCACAAACGGAGGUGCCAGAGAGGCAAAUGAAGCAGGAAAGAAUGAAAAUGAGGGAGAAACAACUGCGGUGUCUGGAGAGCAGUCAGAGGAGGUAAAAGAAGUGAAGGAUGGGGUAAUAUAUGACACUAAGAGGGCCUCGGAUGAGAAGAGGGCUACGGCAGCUGAGAGUGGGGAGGCCUCAGGUCAUAGUCAGGAGGAUGUUGCAGAUGAGAGUAUGGAAACGAGUGCAGGCGUGAGCGAUGUGGCAGCAAAUGUCAGAAAGGAUGCUUUAGAUGAGAACAAGGAUGAGAUUUCAGACAAACCAAAGGAGAAGAACGCCGAUGUGUCCAAGGUGGAAAUGUCUAAUGAGGGGAAGGAUGGCGUUGCCAGUAACUAUAGGGAUGAGAUAACCGAUGAUGUUUCAGAUGACAGAAAGAACGAGGGCUGCACUCAGGAAAGAAAGGAUGAAGCGGUCGAUCCGGUUGAGAGUAAAGGUGAAGAUGCCAUUGAGAUUAAGGAUAAGGUUGGCAAAGAGAGGAAGCAGGAUGCUGCAGAUAAGAUGCCAAAGGAGAAUGAGGAUGUAGACGUCGAUGAGAGUAAGAAUGAGAUUGCCAAUGAGCAUCAGGAUGAAGAUACCGAUGAGAAUAAGGAUGUCCUUACCAAAGGAUGUAGGGAAGGGAUUGCAGAUCAGGCUCCAAAUGAGAGUAUGAGUGAGAUUCCAUAUGAAAGUGAAGAUGCAACUGUACAAGAGAAUAAGAAUAAGUUGCUCAAUGAGACUCCAGAUGGGAUAAAGUCUGUAAUGUCAUCUGGGCACUUAAACAGCAUAAAUGGAGAUACCAAAGAAGGUGAAAAUGAGGGAAAUGAUACCAAGGACUGUGUUGUUAAUAAAGACAGUGGUAGUGAUCAGAAAGAGAAUGAAAAGCAGUGAUCAAGGAAGGAUGUAGUCUGAUAGACCAAAGAAACAGCAAUCCAAUUUCCAAUAUCCAAGAAGCAGAGCUGAAGAUGGAAGACCAAAUAUGAACCUCAAGAUUCCAUAUCAAAUAGAGAUCAAGUGAAACUGAGUGAGGUUGAAAAUAAAUACUGUAUUGCACUCGAUCAAGAUAAAACCAGUAAGGCAAAGGGGGAAUAAUCACAAAUGUCAUCAUAUUAGCCCCCAAACAUUAUAACGGUAGGAAUGCAGUACUUGAUGACAAUCUUGGUAUAUUCUGAAAGCGGUUCAAAUUCAUUUAGCUGUGAUAUCUAACAACUCCGUAAAGGUAGGAUAUAUGGAAUCAAGAAGUAUGCCUUCAUUGUAUCAAGUGAUUAUUUAAUUUGAAUAUAUUCUUUUGAAAAAUCCUAAAACCUGUUUUCACUUGUGUCUGUUUUCAGACAAAAGUGAAUUUAUGAACAACCUUGGUAAACGGUGAUGGUUGGCAGUUACUGGUUGGUCGGAUGUUUAACCUGUUCACCACAAUGGACUGCAGUUGCUCAGUCACCAUUGUUAUUAUAACUUGAUUGGAAAAGCCCAGCUGGGAUUGAAAUGGCGUUCUCCCUUCAUUCAUUAACUGUGUAUCCCAGGGACAUAAUGUUCCCAUUCUUAGGUCAACAAGCUAAGUGUCUUACUAUCAUGAAAUAUUUCACCUUUUAUUAAAGUAAAAAUAUCUACUGUUGCGAUCCAAUAAAAACAUUUUUAAAGCAUUAAUAAAGUCAUUGUAUACUCACUGCAUUAAAUCAAUGGGACUGUUUUGUUCCAACCAUUAAAGUCAUAAUAGAAAUUUAUUCUAACACAAACAUAAUGUUCGUCUCAGAAGACAUUUUCACUGAUCCGAGCAUCAGGUCCUGCACAUAACGACAGCUCAGAGCUAGAAAUACAAAGGGGGAACAGAUUUUUUAUGGUUCAAGGUCCCACAUAAAUCAUGUAUGAAAUGAGUAAAAACCCAUUAUUUGGAUUUAUGGCACCAUAUUCGAACAGUUUUCAGAACUGAUCAGCAUCAUGAGAUAUAAAAGCAGUCAAAUUUGGACCAAACUUUCAUUUUACUUGUAACUUUUCACUGUUUAUGUAUAUGCCACCAAUAAAUGAAACAAAAAAUGUUGCCAUAUCA